CACUCCUUCCAUUCGUUUCAUUGGUGGAAGAUGGUGAAGCGGGCCUGGCUCCGCUUCGUUGACUCGACGACCUUUCCUGGAGAAGCUCCAGCUUGGCCGAGUCCAGUCGUCAUGUUCCUCCAUCUACCGUUCGCAAUCUGUCUCUCCUCGAGCCGGCCGUUGUCUUGGUCCUGCGUUCGUAGUAUAAAAAAGCCGGCCGUCGUUGUUCUUGGGGCGUCGCGUUCAAGCUUUCUUGGCUCGCCGGUUCUUCUUCCUGUUCUUCUUCUUCGUCUUCUUGUGCAGAGGUGAUUGAGCUUCGCGGCCAUGGCGUCUCAGGAGCAUCUGGAGAGUCUGAAAGCCCGCCAGAAUUACAGGAAUAUCUGGCGCACUGACCUCGUGCACACCGUUCAGGAAGACAUUCCCUUCUGCUGCUUUGCCACGUGGUGCGGACCAUGUGCUUCGUACUUGCUUCGGAGAAGAGCCCUUUACAAUGACAUGUCCAGAUAUGUGUGUUGCGCUGGUUACAUGCCCUGUAGCGGAAGGUGCGGAGAGAGUCAGUUUCCCGAGCUAUGCCUUGCCGCUGAGGUCAUCUGCUGCUUUGGAUAUUCAGUGGGCUCGACACGCUUCCUCUUGCAAGAUGAGUUCAACAUACAGACCACUCAAUGCGACAAUUGUAUCAUUGCCACCAUGAUCAUCCUCAAUCAAGUUGCCUGCGUGUUUUCGAUCAUAGCAAUGAUAUGCGGAAACAGCCAGAUUCAGCAGGCUUCGCAGAUGCUCAGCUGUCUAGCCAACACGGUUUACUGCACGGUUUGCGCGUGCAUGCAGACUCAGCACAAGAUAGAAAUGGACAAGCGAGACGGCUUGUUCAACGACGCACCGAUGUUCGCUCCUCAAUUUCAGCAAAUGUCGCGCCUCGACCAGCGAAUGCCUCCCUCGGUCGGGUAUUAGCCGCGUCAGCCUGUCUACCAACACCCCUAUCCUUUUCUCCAGCUACUCGGGACGAAACCUUUCUCAGCUGUCUUUGGAUGCUGAUCAUGCAAUCAAAGUUUAUCUUCCUCACAGUUUCCAAUAUAAAAAUCUUAGCUUCUUAUUCAUGUGGGAACCAUCUCCCUUUUCACUUGGAUUUGUAUCCGGACAUUCUUGAACUCGUGUUCUACUGUUGGGACGAACAAUGGGAUGCGGUCUGUAUUCUAAAUAGCGCGGUCCGUUUCUUUCGAAGAGACAGACUGCUGUAAUGGUCAUAUUCUCUUGAAUAAUCUCUUCGUUUCUUUAA